AUGGACGCCGCAUCGGUGCCAUCCGCCGCAGGCCUGGUCUUUGUUCUGAGAUUGGCGCUCGGUGUGCUCGGCCUCCAGCUCGCGUUGGCUAUUCUCUCCUCGUUUGCCGACGACAACGCGUUUGAGCGGCUGUGUGCCCCUGUUGACGCCGCCGCUUGCGCGGACACCCGGGUUCUGGUCUCGCCCGCAUACUGGGCUGCGCGCGCCGACGAUUGGCUCUUCCUACCGCGCAUCGUCCUCAUUGCUCUCCUCUCGUUCGCGGCGCUUCUUGCGCAGCUGCUAGUUUCUCGCGCCGCCGCCCUCCACCGUGCUGCCGUGGCCAAUACCCGCCGUGCCGCCACCCUCAUCCUGCGCUUUGCAGACGCGCCGCGCGCCGUAACCAGCCACGUCUGGUACCGGUUUGCGCUCGAGCUGCAGGCUGUCGGCGAUCUGCCCGAGGCAUCUUGCGCCUGCUGCCGAGUCUUUGCCGCCCGCGGCAAGACCCAGUGGCUGCAGCACACAAUCCGUGCCGCCGCUGCGCUCGGACUGCUGGCCGGAUGGGCCCUCAUUGCCACGGCAUCAUCAGCUGCGCCUCGGCCAGCACGUGCAGCGUCUCGCCACCUCCUGCCGUGGCUGCAGCUCGCGUGGCUGGCCGUCAUCAGCGUCCUCCUCGCCGUCCUCCUCACUGCCAUUGCUACCUUUCGCGCCUCAUUUGGCGACAACAUCUCAACCAGCGAGUGGGCAUACGCCGCCACUAAUGCGCCUGACAUGGUUGACCGCCUCGCCGACGUCGCUCUAGCAAUCCACCGCCACGUUGAGCCCCAGCUCGCGCCGCACCAGGUCUACGAGCUCAUGGAGAUCGGCCGCGUCGCUCUCGCUCACUCGCACUACCGCCGUCGGACCGGUGGCUAUCACGCCCAGCUUGACCGCGCUCAUGCGGUCCUGAACGGGUGUACGCUUUCCUCGCUCUCGUCACCGUCAUCGUCGUCCUACACUUACCUCUCCUCUGCGUCUUACCGGAGCUGA